UUGGUGUGUGUGUGUGUUGGGGGCGAUGCCGCGGUGCGGGUCUCUCCGCUGCUGUCCGGUGGCUGUACUCGCGGCCUCGCUUCUGGCGGUGUUCGCUGUGUAUUUACUCGGCUCCGACCGCGGGGGUUUCUCCAGCGGCAGCCGGAGGGUGGAGGCCGGGCCGGCGGGGCGGGGGCCCGGGGCCGGGGCUGGGGGUCCCGGGGCCGGGGGUUCCGGGGGGGCCGGGGCCGGGGGUCCCGGGGGGGCCGGGGCCGGGGGUCCCGGGGCCGGGCCCGGGGGUCUCCUGUCGGCGGGGCCGAGGCGGCGGAGGGAGUUUCACGCGCUGAUGAUGUUCACCAAAGCCGAGCGGACCCGCGGCCUCCGGGACAAGAUGGCGGUCGCCCUCCGCUCUAUGGCGGCAGUCGCCGAGUUCCGCGACGAUGAGCUGCUGCACCUCCACCUCGUCACCGACCCCCCGAGCACCGCCCUCGCCACCCCCCUCCUCCAGCACUGCCUGCACCGCGCCCGCUUCUCAUACCAGGUCACCUUCCACGAUGUGGAUUCCCUGACUCAUAAGCUCUUCCCCAUCGUUGAAGCCAUGCAGAAGCGCUUCAGUGCUGGCUCCGGCACCUACUACAGUGACUCCAUUUUCUUCCUCUCGGUCGCCAUGCACAGAAUCAUGCCCCCAGAGAUGACUCAGAUUGUGCAGUUGGAUCUGGACGUUAAGUACCGGACGAACAUCAGGAACCUCUUUGAAGAAUUUGACAAGUUUCAGCCAGAGGCUGUGAUAGGGAUAGCCAGAGAACUUCAGCCUGUAUACAGGCACGCGCUGUGGCAGUACCGCAGGGAGAAUCCCGGCACGGUGGUGGGGGAGCCACCGCCCGGCAUCCCUGGUUUUAACAGCGGCGUGGUGCUCCUGGACCUGGGCAGGAUGCGGAGCUCGGCGUUGUACAACAGGCUCCUGGAGCCGGGCAACGUGGAGAAAUUGGCUGAGAAAUACCGCUUCAAGGGCCACUUGGGCGACCAGGACUUCUUCACGGUGGCCGGCAUGGAGCACCCGGGCCUCUUCCACCCCCUGAACUGCACCUGGAACCGGCAGCUCUGCACCUGGUGGAGGGAUCACGGUUACGCCGACGUCUUCGACCUUUACUUCCAAUGCCGCGGAGAAGUGAAUAUUUACCACGGGAACUGCAACACUCCCAUUCCGGAGGAGUGACGUCAAACCUCAGGGAGGGGUGGGGGGUGGGGGGCGGUUGGUGGGUGGGCGCUGACGUCUUAUCAGCGGACGUCUUAUCUGACGUUUUAUCCACCGACGACUCUUUCCUUGCUCUAUUUUUUCCAUGCUGGGGGUAGGGGUGGGUGGGGG